AUGGAAUCCAUGAUGGAAAGCUUCCUAGCAGCCCAACAACAGCAAAAUGAAAUGAUCAAACAGCUAGCUUCUAGAAUGGACCAACUUACCACCCACAACAAGUUGCUUGAAAAUCAAAUUGCUCAGCAAGCAAGCUCUUCAAGCAAAACUGCUGGUAAGCUACCUAGUCAAUCCGAGAUGAACCCAAGAGAGCACUGUAAGGCAGUUACAUUGAGGAGUAGAAGAAUUUUAGAACAGUCAAAGGAAGAACUAACUGAGAGAACCUCUGAUAAAUCUGAAAACCAAACAGAGGAGAAAAAGGAAAAAGCUAAAGUGAAUCAAGAAGAGGAAGCAAGGAAGAAAAAGAAGCUACUAGAACCAUAUCAGCUUCCUCUACCCUUUCCUCAGAGAUUCUGGAAAGCCAAAUUGGACAAGCACUUUGGAAAGUUUCUAGAAGUUUUACAGAAACUCUAUAUAAACAUUCCUUUUAUAGAAGGACUCUCUCAAAUACCAUCUUAUGCCGAGCUCCUCAAAGACAUUUUAUCAAAGAAAAGAAGGCUAGAGGACUAUGAGACUAUUGCUCUUACAGAGGAAUGCAGUGCCAUAUAA